AUGGACGAAUUUGCAUCACUGAGCGCACCCGAGACCGUUCGCUCUGCCUCAACUUCCGACACAUUCCUGUCGUCUGACAGUGCGUUGUCAUUGCCCUCCGAUUCUGAGCAUGUUGGGUUUGGGAUCAGCUGGUACUGUACCAUUGCAUGA